AAAACUCCUUCCCAUAGUUGGCUACUGAGUAAGUACUUGUCGAAAAAGAAAAAUUGCAUUGCAGCCAUGCAUAUUUCUGCAAUGUGCAGUUGCAGAAACCUCAUAUUGCGCCCAAAUAUACAUCCCAUUGCCCUCGAAUACUUUUCGCGUUUGACAGGCAGGUACAGAACGCAUUACUCUGCAGCCAAGGUCUUUUCAAGCAUUCCAGUUUCAAGAACCAAAGUUAAGAAAACUGUGAAAAAUGAUGUUCAUAAGUCACCAAAAUCCGUUACACAGUCUACAGGGCAAGAUGAUUUUUUCGCUGAAGGAGUGAGCUGGAAAUCCCUCGGUCUCUCGGAAGAAGUUGAAAAUGCAGUGAAACAAGCCGGCCUAAACAAACCUUCUCUAAUUCAGGCAGCUGCCAUUCCAUCUAUUUUAUCAGGCAAAGAUGUCAUAGUGGCAGCAGAAACUGGAAGUGGUAAAACACAUGGAUAUUUGGUGCCUUUAUUUCACAAUAUGCGCUGUAUGGUUGAAGUCCAUGAAAAUAAGCCAGGAAAAUCUGAGCCUCGGAAGUUUGCACUUGUUUUGUGUCCAAAUGUAAUGUUGUGUGAGCAGGUGGCUCGCAUGGCUAGCAAUCUUCAUGAUUCUAAUGGUUACCCUUUGUUGACAGUAAUGGCAGUAUGUGGAAAUCAGGGUUGGCCAGUUGUUCAACCUGAUAUUUUGAUUUCGACACCAGGUGCACUUCUUAAUAGCCUUUUAGCUUUCGAUCCAAGGAAACUGCGCCGCACAGUAUUUACAAGGGAUGUGAAAUAUGUGGUAUUUGAUGAGGCAGACAUGCUUUUGUGUGGAAGUUUCCAAAAUCAAGUUGUACGCUUGAUAAAUAUGUUCCGGCUUCAAGAGAAGCAACUUUCUAAAGCAGUGAGGUCAGUAGUUGACAAUUCAGUUGAAACAGAUUCCAUGUCUUGGAUAGAUAUCAAACCAGAAGAAGAUGAAGAGCAGUUCGAUUCAAAUCCAGAUGCAGAAACUCAAGAUUUAGAUGACGACUCUUAUAGUGAGGAUGAGCUAAUAGAAGAGAAAGUUGAGGUACAAGGAGAGAAAAUUGAGGGUUCUAACAAGAAAAAAGAUUGGUUACGGUCAAGAAAAAUCUACAAUCGAAGUAAGCAAUAUAUAUUUGUUGCUGCCACUCUACCCGAAAGUGGCAAGAAAACUGCAGGAGGGACUUUGAGGCGUCUUUUCCCAGAAGCCACUUGGGUUAGUGGGAAUUUUCUUCAUCGGCAUAAUCCAAGAUUGGAGCAACGAUGGAGAGAAGUUACAGUAGAGACACAAGUUGAAACCCUUUUUAAUGCAAUAAAAGAGGGUUGGGAGUUCAAAAAGCUGGAUUCAGACAACUCUGUAAAGCGUACAAUGAUUUUUGCAAACACUGUAAAUGCGGUUGAUUCAAUUGCAAAAAUACUGAUGAAGGAUGGUAUUGAAUGUAUCAUUUAUCAUAGAGAUACUUUGCCAGAGGAACGUGCCCAGGCUUUGAAAACUUUUCAAGAGGAAGGAGGGGUGUUGGUGUGCACUGAUUCUGCUGCACGUGGUCUUGACAUUCCAAACAUUUGGCAUAUUAUUCAGGCAGAGUUUGCAACUUCAGCUGUAGACUUUUUGCACAGGGUUGGCCGAACAGCACGUGCAGGACAAUGUGGACUGGUUACUAGCCUGUACACAGAAGCCAAUCGACCUCUUGUUGAAGCAGUGCGACAAGCAGAAGACUUGGGUAAACCAGUGGAGGGAGCAUUUAGCAGGAAAAGGAGUUUUAGAAAAAAGUUAAAAAAGAAGGGUGCUAAUCUUUGAUUUUUCUUUUUGGAGCUUUCUACAUAUGAAGACCUCAUUCAUGGGUUUCUGAUCAUUGUUUAUGUUUUAGACUCACUCUUGGACAACUUGAAAGAAUUGUUCUAUACAUAGCAGCAAAAAUCACUACAGGAAAGAAAACAGCAAAUCAAAAGAUAAAGUUGUUUUUUCAAAAAAUAGGGAUUUAUAUAGGAAAAAAAUGGAUUUUGAUGUAGAAGAAUGCAAAAUAAGGGGGAAGAUCCUGCAAAUUUUUUAAAUUUAAAGGCAUUUCAAUAGCAUAGGGGUAUCAUGUAAGAUAUCCUUGAAGCUUAACAUCGUUGAUGUGCAUGUGUACAAUAUAGAGCAUAGUUUGCAAACUCUACGAGUACUCUGCUUUUUUUUUG